UAAACAUGGCGUCUGUCUCAGGAUGUAAAAUUUACGUGUAGCGUUUCUGUUUGUUGGCGGUGGUUCGGUUGCACCAAAUAACCGAUAUUUUGGCCCAGAACAGACUGACAUGGCGGACGCGACGCGUAGAGACACGAAGAGGAGGAGAAGAGAAGCACCUCACUGAUGCAGUUAUAUCAUUUUUUCUCUCUGCACAGCAUGAAUGGUCUGCUGCCUUCCCGGACACAGUGAUUGGCGCAACAUAAUUGCUUUUGUUAACAGAGAGUCUGGUUAAUAUUACUAUUUUGAAACGUAUUUUUUAUUUUUCCGUGGCAAAUAUCAACAUUGAUAAUCUCUGGAAUGACUGCUACUGAUUUUUCGGCCACAUCUGCUUCAAUACUCUCUUUUCAUUUUUUAUGAUCUGUUUUGAUUUUUGGAUCUUGUCCAUGUCUUGGACCUUAGAAUUGACACCUCAACAGAACAUUGUUGUCUGGACAAUAUGAGAGCAGAAUGAUCAGUUUGAAAGCACUCUGUGUGGCUGAGCCACAGCACUGUUCUGUAACAGCUGCUUUAUGACUUUUGUGCUGCACCUAAUGUUAUGUUUGUAAUGCCUUGCUCAAUAACACCACUAUGAUAGGCUCACCUGACGUGGUGGCUUUUACUAAAGAGGAUGAGUAUGGGCAGACGACUCCUGACCCCUGGGCGUCCAUCCCAGAGGAGUUUUCUGUCCCUCUUCAUCCUCUUGCUGACUCCAAUCCGUGGGCCAAAACCUCCUAUGCCAAGUUCACCAAAGACUUCAUCCUCAUCUCUGAGUUUUCUGAGCAGGUGGGUCCCCAGCCUCUCCUCACCAUCCCAGAUGACCCCAAAGUCUGUGGCACCUUUGAUCUCAACUACUUCUCCCUACGCAUCAUGUCAGUGGACUACCAGGCUUCCUUUGUGGGGCAUCCGCCCGGAAGUGGGUACCCAAGGCUCAGCUUUGUGGAGGACUCAAGAGUAGUGCUGGGUGACUCAAAGGAGGGGGCUUUUGCCUACGUCCAUCACCUUACGCUUUAUGACCUGGAGGCAAGGGGCUUUGUGCGACCAUUCUGCAUGGCAUAUGUUUCAGCAGAUGAAAGGAAAAUUAUGUUGCAGUUUGAGGAGCUUUCCCUUCGCUUCUCACAGGCUUCUGAAUGUCUGAAGGCAGGAAACAGGAGGGCCUUCGCCAAAGAGCUCCAGAGGAAACUCCAGGACCUGGAGUACACUCACUCUGUGCUGCAGAAGGAGGAGGGUCUGCAGAGGGAGGCGGGACCUCAGAGCAUGUACUCUGCUCACGCUGUGGAGAAGGCCAACGAGCUGGCAAAUGUGGAAAAAAGUAUUUAUGAACACAGAGACCUGUUGAAGCAGAUCACCUCCUACCAUCACCGUCCACGCCGGGAUCCCCAUGCUGUCACCUGCCAAAAGUGCAUGUCUGAGUGUUUGAGUGAGUGUGAGGAGCUGUUAGAUAAAUAUGCCAAGCUCGCUGGGCCAUAUAGUUACACAGGUAAAGUGGAAGAGGAAGGCCAAAUUGAGGAUGAAGCAGGUGAAGAUGAAUUGGAGGAGGAAGAGGAAGAAGGAAUUAAACGCAGGCCAUCUUACACACCACAGCUGAUCAAAGCCAAGUCUGCCAAAUGUUUUGACAAGCGUCUAAAAACCCUCCAGGAGUUGUGUGAUGAGACUUUCUAUGAGGCAUCCGUGGAGCUCUUGAAGGAGACAGAGAGGAGUUUCCGGGGGGAUCUAUGUUACCUGCAUACACGUCACCUGGACAGGGUGCUACGCAGGAAGCAAAGAGUCACCAAUUUCCUGUUUGAAGAGGAGAUUGGAGAUGAGGAUGAGGAUGAAGUGGGAACAAUACGACCAUUCUGUGCUGUGAACCAUACCGUAGACAACUGCACACUACUAAAUCCACCUCCUAUUGUGCUGGGACCAGAACCGCCAGAGGAAUCUACAGAUCCUCUAGACCCAGCGUCCGAAACCAGCCAAACUCUGGAGAGUGAGUUGGGGCUUGUGGACAGCCGUCUUGAGUCCUCCCCCUCAGACCUCACCCUAGAGACGCAGGAGAGCUCAGAGGAGACCAAAGGAAGCUUUAGCAGUGGUAAAAGUGGGAUAAAACAGAACUUGGCUGGUAUGAAGUCAGAAGCUCCUGAUCCUGAUUCUGAUUUAACCCCUGACCCUGAUAUGGAGAGGGAAAGCAGCAGUGACGACAUGGAAACGACAGCUGGAGAAGACGAGGGUGAGAACGGGGGAGACCAGACACCUGUGUCUUUGCUGGAAGUGGUGUCUGAGCUGGAGUCCAGCAGGGCGGAUGAGGGUGAGGGGGUGACUGAGGAGGUUUGUGAUAUAGAGUCUGAUUUGCUGGUACCGAUAGACACAGCAUGCUGUAUGGCACAGGAGGGUUUCCUUUAUGAGGCUUCAGCCCCAGAGGCAGCACCUCAUCUGGGCCAGAGCUCCCACAUGCAGUCCUCUCAAGUCCUGGUGGUAAACCAAGAGCCUCAGGCCCUACUUCCAGUCCAAGACGACUACACUGUGGGUUCUCCGUGCUCAGAGAGUCCAGCUGCUGGGCUGGAGCUGCCUGUGGGGCCCCUUGCAGAUGCAGUUUCCCGGGCCUCAGUGGAAGAUGGCUCAGACUGUACCAUGAGUGCUUCUACAGGGUCUGACCGAGCUGCUUCACCUCUUGGCUAUGGAGGGGUGGUCACCCUGCGUCAGAGAAAGAAGGCUGGACAGGGAGCCUUGAGGUUUGUGCGACAGUAUCCCUUCGCCAUGCAAGCUCUAUGGUGUCUGCUGAGCGGGAGGACCCUGGUGGUGCUGGGGGCCGAUGAGGGGAGAGUCCGUCGGCUGGUUUCGGCCCUUGCCCUUUUUGUACCUGGUCCGGGGAAAUGUGGAGAGAGAGUUCAAGCCUGGUUGUGCUGCCCCUUCAGCCUUACUGACCUGCAGAGGUGGAAACUCAUUGGAUUGCAAAGAGUGGCAUCUCCUGUGGGUUCCAGCAUGCUUUAUUCACUCUCCCGCUACAGCCGCUACAUCUCCAUCCUGGACACCGACCAGAAGACUCUGCGCUGCCCACCCUACCGAGGCCAGCUCCUCGCCAACAUAGCCGACCACCGAACCUAUAUCCGCCGCGGUUCAACGUAUUUCCUUCAUAUCCAGAGCACGCUGUGUCGCCUGGCUGCCAAGGCCUUCCUGUUUACCUUCACCCACCACCUCCACCUGCCCGUCAGCUCCACAGAGGGACCCGAGAUCGUGGAUGGUCGACGGCGCUGCUUCCUUCAGGAGCAGCUGGGUCUGGGCGAGGAGGACAGCCAGAUACUGCUCUACCUCAGCCAGCUCAUCACCCAGCAGUACCUGCAGCCUCCCACUGGGAGCAGCGCAGCAGCACCUUGUUUUGCUUUUAACUACACCACCAGCGUUUUAUACAAGAUCUAGACUGCACUGGGAGGUGGAUUCCCUCAUACGUUUUAGCAGGAAACUUCUCUGAGCCUUUGGUUUUAAUAGAACAAAGGUGAUCUUAAUAAUAAGGUCAUUUUAGUUUUUGGACAUCCUGCACUGGUUAUUAUUUUACCUGUGACUUUCUUCUUCCCUGUUUCCUCUCUGUGUAGGGAACAGGAGUCAGAAGUGAAUGUCAGUGAGCGAUGUGUAUUUGAGGAUAUUGACACUCAACAAGUGCACACAUAAUAUUGUCAGAGCAGACAAACAUCCAUUGUACUUAUUGUCCUCUGAGUCAUUGGUGUGUUUUUUGCUUUCAUACAAAUAAAUGUUACUUGGCUGGCUUUGUUUAAGGCCAGUCCUCUCUCACCAGACACACAAACACACACACACACACAGUAGAAACCUCAUCUUACAAGAGCAAAGCUGCCUGUGUCUGUGUCUCAGUCAGCUUGCCAAACACAGCGCUGCAUUACUAUCACACUCUCCAAUCACUGAACAGGCUGCUCUGUGUGACAUAAUCUCAGCUGUAUGUAAACAUGUUUUUCAAGAUAACUGUAAAAACCUCCCAUAUGCUGACAUGUUACAGAACAGCCAUCCAUGAAAGAUUAUCAGUUUUUCAUGUAGGCCUCUUGUCACAGCUGGUUUUGUGACAAGCCGCUCUCUUUUGCGAACUACAAGGCAUUAUUUUAAAAGCCAAAACUUUGAAAUGUUUUUUUGCACUUUUUUCCCCUCUCUGUCUCUGUCUGUCAAGCUCACUUGCUGAUUUCUCAACAAACAUUCCUGCGAAAAAUAAUGAAUGUCCAUUUUGAGAUAUUGGAUUUUAAAUUUAUUUGACUUCUGAGGGCAUGAAGGAAACAUUCCCAGUGGCUACGUCAGGUCGUCGUGCAUGAGGAAGUGUAUUUGCAGCACAAAUUAGACCCGGUCAGCUCUGCGCCAUAUUGCAUGUCCAGAAAAAUAACACUAAUACUCACCCAUGUAGGGCCAACAGUGGCCAAAACUUACUUAAUGCUGGCAAGCAUUUUCAUUGAUAUUACUCACUCGGUCAGGAAAGUUUGAAAGCCACUUAACCUAAAUAUAUUAAAUACUCUGUUGUCUUAAAUUUGUGUGAGAGUGUUGUGCUGUCAGCAUGAGAUUGUGUUGUGCCAGGGUGAAUCACCGUACUGAUAAUUUUCCUGUUUAGCUAUAUUUUGAUCAACUAACUGAGAAGAUGCUGGACAGUUUGAGGAGAUGUUGCCAUGACAGUUGUAUGUAUAAAUUUUAUCAUGGAGGAAAAAAAAUCAUCUCACUUGCCAGUGAAAACAAAACUUAAUCAAAUAUUUUGAUUUAAAAGAGUUGCCUUUCGGCGUAAUUUUCUUUUCCUCAGUGGACAAAAUGUUUCUGUCCUUGUGGUUAGGACUAAAUUUGGAUAUUUAUGCUGACUACUCUGUUAACUCUGUUGCUGGAGAACUGCAGAUGUAAGAAAUCUUUAAAGUCCUGCUGCAUUUGGCCAGUGAACCACUGAAGAAGUAUGUCUGUUAGUGUUUAGAUUUUGCUGUCUUAACUCUGUGAUGGAGCUAUGAAUCUGUAUCUAGGACGGUAUUACUGUACUUGUGACUGCAUGGUCAGAGUUUCAAUGUGAAAGGUCAAGCCAUGUUGGAUCAUGGCAGCUUUGAACAAAAGCUUCUUUUAGUUCUUAUGUUGUAAAUUGUGUCACUGCACCGACUUGCCUCUGCUUUUAAAUUUUAACCUCUCAUUGUGCAUUCCACCUGAUGUAUUAUUUCAGUUUAGUGCAGUGUUUAUCUUCAUUUUUAGUGCUUGAUUAACAUUGUUCCUGCUUUGAUCCUUUUUUCAGCCACUCCUCUAAUGCAAAAAGCUGAAUGUAAUAUGAACAAGCCAUACCACAGUGUGCUUAACAUGUUGUCACUCAGUGUCCUUAUGUUGCCAUAUCAUGUCUGUUUGUGUCCCUUUUCUAUCUCAUCACGAGGGGGCUUCAUUGUCAGUGGUUUUAAUAAAGCACGUUGUGAAUAUCUUAAUGCUUUUAUGUAAUGUUUAUGAUAUUCCUUUAAUCCACUAAAUUAUUUGAGUGUUGGUGCCAGGUUAAAGUAGGAGCGAUGAGAAUAAUAUGCCAUGUUGAUUAUCCUAAAUCUCACUGUGAGAUCCUGAUGAGGAGAAGACACCAAUGCAACCUACAGAUCAUCAUUAAACAUUAAAUAUUCCAA